GCAAUCAGCCUGCACAUGACCGAGCCCUUGGCAAUGAUAGCAUUGCUUUGCUGGAUCCAUGUGUUAGUAUUGAGGAUAUGUUACUCAAGUCUGUGCGGAGAGACAUACUCUCAGUCGUUCUGGGCUGUGGGCAGGCAUUGCUCUCAUGUCCUAUGGGCGGUCAGCAAUUCUGCAAUGAGCCGCGCUUUCCGAUCUAUUGUCUCGUUCUUACCCGGCUCCUUGCAGUUGUAGCACAAGCGCUCACUGCUCGUGCACACCUCCGCAUAGU